CGGUUCAUCAUGUGACGCGGGAUUGAAGUGGAUCUAGGGACGGAUGGAUGACUGAAUAUUCAUAUGAAGAGGAAAGCCAUAAAAGAUAUCAGCGCCUUUGAGAACAGAAUGUUAAUGCUUGAUGGGAUGCCGGCAGUCAGAGUCAAAACAGAGCUGCUGGAAUCCGAGCAAGGGUCUCCAAACGUCCACAACUACCCAGAUAUGGAAGCUGUACCCUUGUUACUAAACAACAUGAAGGCAGACCCCAUGGAGGAUUCAUUAUCUACAGACCAUUUCCAAACACAGACUGAACCAGUGGACUUGUCAAUAAACAAAGCCAGGUCGUCCCCUACAGCAGCUUCAUCUUCACCAGUUUCCAUGACAGCAUCAGCCUCUUCCCCUUCUUCUACUUCUACUUCUUCUUCUUCUAGUCGACCAGCUUCAUCACCCACAGUAAUAACAUCAGUAUCCUCAGCGGCAUCUGUACCGUCAGUAUUAACUCCAGGUCCUCUUGUGGCCUCUGCGUCUGGUGUUGGAGGCCAGCAGUUUUUGCACAUUAUCCAUCCAGUACCACCUUCAAGCCCCAUGAACUUGCAGUCCAACAAAAUGAGUCACGUGCACCGUAUCCCCGUGGUGGUACAGUCGGUACCCGUUGUCUAUACAGCUGUGAGAUCACCUGGGAAUAUGAACAACACUAUAGUAGUACCACUAUUGGAGGAUGGGAGAAGCCACGUAAAAGCACAAAUGGACCCCCGAGGCCUAUCUCCCAGACAAAUUAAAAGUGACAGUGAUGAUGACGACCUGCCAAAUGUGACCUUAGAUAGCGUUAAUGAAACUGGAUCUACAGCGCUCUCCAUAGCCAGAGCAGUACAAGAAGAGAGCAUGUGGGGCUGUGCCAGGUCAGCUGUUAACCCUUUUCGUUUUUUCAACUCCAGUUCAAUUUCACCGUUCAGUAUUGAGAGCACAAGGCGUCAGAGGAGGUCUGAGUCUCCAGACUCCAGGAAGCGGCGCAUCCAUCGGUGUGACUUUGAGGGGUGCAACAAAGUGUACACAAAAAGUUCCCACCUGAAGGCUCACCGGAGGACACACACAGGAGAAAAACCCUACAAAUGUACCUGGGAGGGCUGCACCUGGAAGUUUGCUCGCUCGGACGAACUGACGAGGCAUUACCGCAAGCACACGGGGGUGAAGCCGUUCAAGUGUGCGGACUGUGACCGCAGCUUCUCCCGCUCCGAUCACUUGGCGCUCCACCGCCGCAGGCACAUGCUGGUUUGAGAAACGCUACCCGGUCCGGCCGAGGUUUAAGAGCUGGGUCUCUUAAUUAAACUACCCGGAGUGAAUUCAGCAGGGCUGAAUCCCCUUCGACAGUGUUAACAGACAGGGCUUUCCCUGAUGUCCCUAACAAAACAAAAAACCCACAAACCACGUAAAAACAGAAAUUUAAAAAAAAAAAAAAAAAAAGCAGGAAAAGAAGUGCCACUCUUCUCCUCGCCAUCUGAAGUUAACCUUGUCUGCCCCUCAGCAUGGCUACCCCCUGAAAGUGUCAUCACAAUCACCUGGAAAACAGCAGCCGAAAUGCUACAGGAAUGGGCAUUAUUUUACAUGCUGCGUCCUUUGACAAAAAAAAAAAUGUUUAUAGCUUGUAUGUUUUCUCAGCUGUCGGACAUUUUUGUUCCUGAAAAAUCGUCGCUGAUUGGAGGAUGAGAUGCCGCAAACCGAUGAUGAUGGUGUUGACGAUGAGAGCGAGGCCGCUAGACCUUUAUUGUCCCAUCUUUUCCCUGUGUUUGGAGUACCAACUGGCCGGUGUCACCGUUCGCCCGAGCUAUGCUACAGACAAGCUGCCUGUGAGUAGGAAAGAAGAUUCUGCCAGAGAGGUCCUGCUGUUGGAGCUGAAGGGUCACUUGAGCAGACUUUUGCAAUAACGAUGGUGGCAUUUUAAUAUUGUACCACAAUUUGUCAUUAUGCCCUAGAGGACACCAGCCAUUUAACCUUUUUCUUUUAUCUUUUUUUUUUUUUUUCCUUUCUUUUCUUUUGUUGUUGUUGUUGAAGUCUGUAAAAUAAACAAAGGGGCAGCAGCGUUUCUGCUGAAAGUACAAUAUUAAGUAUCUGUAUUUUACCAUGGACUUACUUAGAACCGUUUUCUGAUUUGUAUAGAAAGAGCCCAUCUAAAAACUACUACCCCGUUCUCAAAGUGCAGUUUUCUUUCAUGCAGGUACCCUCUUCCCCACGACCAGUAUUUGAACACAAGGAAAUAGUCAGAUCUUAUACUCACUGGUACCAAGGUUAGCGCUGUAGCAAUUCAUGAAAUGGAAUUGAAUGUACCAACAAAACAAAACAGAGAAGAAACGGCUGCAUCUCUUGCAGAGAAAAAGCAAUAAUGAGUGAAAAUUGCUCUCGAGACAAUAAUUUACUCCACACCAACAGAAGGGGGGGAUAUGCAGGAAUAGCACGUAAGAUCAUUUAAGUUAAAUCUUUCUGAUGGUUUCACUGACCUGCUAGGUACCACAAUUAAGUACUUUCAUUUCCUUCAACAUAAUACUUAUGUCUGGAAAGCAAGAAGGAUAAAGGAAAGAGCUGAUUGUUGAGGAGUCAGGGGAUGAACCGUACGUAGGAAGGAGAAAUGGUUCUGCAGUGGUGCUCUGCAAGACAUUAGGUUUCUCCCUGGGAGUUAGGGAAUAACGAGAUUUUGCCAGCUGUCUAGUAUGAUAUAAAUGGCCCUUUAUAUGGGUACCAGUGGCUGCUCUGCUGGGAUUUUCAAUCCAAGCCUUUUCAGAUUAAAUAAAAGGAAAUUCCUGAUCAUUCCCAUGCAACCCUAUAAUUGUGCACCAAUUUGUAUUAAUUGAAUUAUGUAGGAAAGAGAGAAACUCUUAGUCAUCAGUUGUUCAUGCGAAGGGAAUAGUGAUUUUCUGUUUUCUUUCCUCCGAAGGAUCUGCCUAUUCAGCUAAAUUUGACAAAGAGCAGGCUUGGCAAGAUUUUUUAACUGUUGAGAUUUUUAUAGCUUAGAGAUGAAAGAUGUAUACAUAAAGGUCUUCUGCAGUGCAUUUAAUUAUGAAUAUUUGGUUCCAGGAAUUGCACAGAUUAAACUUGUGAUGCCACUUGUUCAUUUUUAAAUGUUUGACCAGUCUGAAUUAAUUUCUUGAUUCCUGAAGUAACAGUGGUAACGUUAAGGGGAUUCUGAAAUUGAGGUAAUCUUUAAGAAAAAAAACCAGCACAGAGUACCCAUACAAAUACUGGAAGCAAUUGCAGUUAAUUGAGGAUUAAUAAGACUGGGAUGAUACUUUAUAACAGCAUUCACAGGUCCCCGAAUUUGAUUGUCUUUAAAUACAUUCUUAAUUUUCCAUGGUACUGGAUAGUUUAUCAGCUCUCUGAAAGAAGAACUUCAAUACUGUUAAGGCUCAGGCUCCCCUGUGCUGAGCGGCCAGUGGAGAAACCCAGGAUAAAUUAUUGGCAGCCAUUGUGGGGAAAAUGCCUCUAUCAAUUCCCAUUGAGUGUGCUGGUAAUGAACUUCCACAAAAUUAGUCAACAUUUUAGUGUCGGCUCCAGAUCAGUAGUGAAGCAGAGGUGCCCAGUGUCCGUGCAGAGCUGUGAUGGAUCAGGGCUUCUGGGUAGGCCAUGAGGCAUUGCAGGGCAGCAGAACUGGGACCUUACCAGCAGUAACACUACUGUUGGUUUAAAAAUAAGCUUGGUUGUCGGUGUUGUACGUGAGAUGGUUCAUGGAUUACGUCUGAGGUCUGUCUUUGAUAUACUUCAGUAUCGUCCCCUUAAGUGGAUCUGUCAUUCUCAGCGUUUAGGGAAAGAGGUCAGGUCAGAUAGAAGUCAAUUGAUAAAAUUAUUUUCCUGCCCAAGAGCAUUUUACUGACUAAUUACUUGAAUAGCAGUAAUUCAGUUGAAGAACCUAUGGCAUACAGAAUUCCUUUCACAAUCUGUAAUUUUUUUUCUCUCAUAGAAAAUUAAGUUUAUUUGACCAGAAACUCUUUAAGGCCAUUCUGUUAACAUACAUGAGGAGCAGUGAGAGAGACUGUCUCUGAAGUUAUUCACCAAGGCAGGGUAUAACUGGGAGAGACCAGUGUCUUCUUUAGGCUUCCCCUGUAGUCAAUGAAGAGAGAAAAACUACUCCGAAAGAAAUCGAGAGGCCUUAAAUUUUGGUAUUCAGCUCUGAGCUGCCCCAAGGAGGAGUGUGUGUAUCACAGACCUGGGAGGCUGAUCUCCUGAGGCCAAGGUUGAUCUGUGUAAAUCCCUUGUCUUUCAGCUGACUGCCCAGUACUUUAUGCGUAGGAAACACUGCAACAGAAGGAGGGUCUGGUUUUAUUCAAGGAAACCCAAAAUGAUACAGGGUUAGAGCAGCACUCACACCAAGGGACACACACACAGAGUGCAUUGAUGGUAACAGAAUGAAGCCAAAAAGGUAAAACUGUGUAUGCUAAAUUUUCUUAUUUUACAGGCAGAAAGCAUAUCCUCAACCUUUCCAGCUUGUGUGUAAGGGCUUUUUGUGCUCCUGGUACCUCUAGACAACUUGCACAACCAGCAGCAGUCCACCACUGGGUUUCAGCUACCCAGCCUGGUUCUUGGCAAGUUUCAUACUCACACCAGCACCCUCAGACAUUGACCCCAAACGCUCUGUGGGGUUGUUUUCAGGUUAGUUUUGCGCUUCAGAAGUAUUUUAAGAGAAGUUACCCCAUGGGAGAGGGAUGUUUGGAUGUGGAGCUGAUGUCCCCGAGAUUCUCAGGGUGUCCUUCCAUCAGUGGCUGCGGUUCAGACCUGCCAAAUUUCUGUGUUUGUGCAGAGACCAAGGGCGAUUGCUCCAAGGUAGUUUCCUCAAAAAUCCUGGUAUCCCACCACAGGUCCAUGACAUUUCAUAACCGUGCUGAAGGCCUACAUCAUGCGUAGCAUGCAGAAGUACCAGAUCUCAUCUUGACACAGCACAGUAGGUCCAUCUUAACUAAGCAGUUGGGAGAGACAAAUAUGCAGUGUCCCAUUCUUUCAGAAAAACAGUGAUUUAUGCUCCUAAGUGUGAGUAAAGGAUGGGUAAUAAUCCACCGUGCCCAUUACACCUUACAGGGGAAACUGUGCCACAAAGUGUCAGUUUUUUCCAGAAGGAUCCAAUGGAUUUGUCAGGAAAUCUCAGUACUCAGCAUUAUAGGAAAAUGUAACGAGCAAGCAGCUUUGAUACAAAACUUUUUAAAUUUUAAAUUGUCAUUAUUUUUUGAGCACCUGUUCUAUUCAGCACUGUAAAAUUGGCUCAUUGCAACAGCAGUUUUUACUUGGGGAUGAAGAUGCAGUAUUCCUUAUUCUCUAUCAUGCUUACACAAUUAAUUAGAUUUAGACUGACUUGUAUAUAUGAUUAUUUGCUGGAGUAAUGUAUAACAAAAUUAACAGUGUUAAAAAUGGCAUCAGUGAUGUUGAUGUUUGGGGUAAACUCACAGUGCAGAGCGUGGACAAAUAGCCGGACAACCUUCCUCCCCUUUAAUGAUGGGAAUAACAGUGAUCAUUAAGUCGUUUUCCAUUACACAUUGAAAAUGUAUUCUAGUUGCCAUUUAUAAAUUUAUCUUCUGAUAAUAAAUGCUGUUUAAUGGAAAAAAUCUCUUUCUUCUUUAUUGAAGGUGGGUGCCUCAAAAACAGAGUUAAGUUUCACCAGCAACAUCCCGCUUAUUUUUUAGUUUGAACUUCGAUUUGGAAAGGUCAGUGUGUGAAACUGCAUCUUCCACAGCAGACAAGGCUAAAGAUCGUUGGGUAAAUCUGCCCUGCUCUCUUAGGCUCAUCCACACACCCACGCACGUAAACCCCAGCACUUCCACGUGCCUCCACCCCUGCGCAGGUAAUAAAUAAAUCUAUUUAAAAAACAAAGACCAAAAAACAAUCAGAAAAAGAAGAAUUGGAAAUAAACACUGUAAAAGAAAAUACUACCUUCUUAAGAAAACAGCUCGUAUUAUUGCAUUGUGCCUUUGCCUGUGAUUUCUAACUGGAGAAGUGCACAAAGAAAUUUGUAAAGAUUGCUAUAUUUUCACAGAUCGGUUAUAGCAUGUCGCUGUGUAAUGUGUGCUUAUGAAGACAAGCCCACUGGUACCUUAAAAAUGCUUAAAUUCUGAUCAAUUUAUACAGUAAAUUGGGUUUUAGUACACAAAUGUAGCUAUAAGGAUACUGCAUCUUUGGAAAGCAAAAUACCUUGAAAGUAUUUUACUAUACUUGUAACAGUUUAAAUAUACUGUAAUAUAUGUGAUAGUGAAAAGUAUUUUCAAACUCACAAUUUUACAUGGGGUGUAAAUAGGUUGAAUGAGGUACAUUUUAAAAAAUCCUUUACUUUUCAUCGGGAAAAAUGGUAAGAUAAUGCCUUGCAAAGCUGAAACACAAAACGUAAGAACUAAAUUAUUCUGUUUUGUCAGAGCAUGUUUUCUCUGCAAAAUGGAGUGGCCACUUCUUUGCUGUUUCGCAGAUGGUGUGCAAUACAGGGAAAUCAUACCGAGUCCUUCAGUGUCGAGUAAGUCAACACUCAGAAUGUCUUUGACUGAAUAAAGGAAAAAAGCACUUAAUCAAAAUGAAAACCAUAUGAAAGGUUUUGGGGGUUUUUGUGUUGGUGUGUUGGUUUUUUUUUUUUUUUCCUUCUGGCAUUUUACAGUGAACUGCAGAUACAGUAACGGCAAACUCAUUUGAUUCUUUUGAAUUUGAUUCUUCUCCUUUGAUUUGAUUCUUUCUUCUUGUAUUUCCCUGACUACAACGCAUCUUGAAUAAAGGUUGCAGAGCUGAAAUAGGCAGCUGCUCUUUGCCGAUUCCAGGGGAGUCUAGUCUUCUAGGUGCAGUAGCAUGUCAACAAAAUCAAUUGUAGCAGGACAGUUGUGACAUUUAAAAUGCACAUACACUUCAGCAAGAUUGCCUAAAAUCUAUUUUAAAAGAUGAAACAGAAACUGAAAGUGCCUGUUAUUAGGACUGAUGGGAUGUUCCUAUACUUUUACACAGCAAUAACUUAGGGGAUUCUGUUAACAAUAAGGUGAAAAUGAAAUGUUACUCGGAGAACAAUAAUGCAGCACAGAAACAAACACAAAGUGCCAUUUGUAUUUUCACAUGUUGAGAUAAUGGGAUAGAGGUUUUAGUUGUUUUCUCAGAUAUCAUCUGUCAUAUACUUGUAAGAAGAAAAUGAAUCUUAGUUUACAAAUGCCUCAUGUCCAUAUUGAUUCUCAGUAGGUGUGACUGGAGGUCAUUGUCAAGCAGUGUUUUAGGGGAUUUCUUCCUAAUUUAUGUCUGAUGUGCCCAUCUAUCCAGGGUAUUCUCUAGUGAAAUAAUCCAAAAACCAGCAAUAAGCCCAACAGAGCUUUUUUAGGGUGUGUGGUAGAAUGGGAAUUCUCUUGAAAAAUCUUCUGCAUCGAACUCUGGAAACACAAGAGUUCACCUUAUGUCUCCUUUCUGUUUGUCAUAUAAUGCUCAUAGUAUUUGAUAUAAUUUUAGAAUUGGUUGACUUCAGGAGCAGACAAAAUAUUUCACUUUUCUUUCUUUUGGGAACUAUCAGUCUAGAGACUAUUUGAAUAGCAAACAAGUAGAUAUUCCUAAAAUGGAGUAAGGAAAUUUUUAUAUUGAGUGAACUAAACAUUUGCAUCGAUAGACUAAUUGAUCUUACAAGAAAAUGGCUAGCUGUGACUCUUCCACUCUUUUUUUUUCCAUUUUUUUUUAAUCUGAUAGGUUUCUGUAAAAUAAAAAUAUUAACUGCUGCUAAUGGAUUCUUAAAAUAGCAGUGUAAUGCCAUCGCUCAUGCUUCUUCUGUUUCUAAAACCGAAUUUAUUGGAGAUCAGAAUGUAACUGGUUGUCCUAAUACCUUUGCCAAGGAAGAUUGCUUUUCAUCCUCUAAAUUUGUACUUGUCAUUUAUCCAGGCAGAAUUUUGUAUUUGAAAUAUUCCAUCCAGAUUUUUCCUCGACUUUUUCUGACGUUGCUGGGUUGCUGCUGGAGUAGGAGGAUGGCUGCUCGUUUUUUAUUAGCUGAGGCAGGGUUGGGUGUGCGUGAAGAUGCUCAUGUACAGAAGAAAGUGCAGGUGCAAAAAAAAAUUUUGAAAAAGCACAUGGCCCUGCAUGUAAAAUCUAGGCUUUUGUGCAUGUUGGUUAAUCAUGUGACAAGACCAUUAGUUUAGUAACAACUUACUUUUAAAUGUUAGCCACCGGUGGAAAUAAGCCCAUCAGAACAUGCAUGUACUUAUUCUGUCAUCCUGAGCUUAAUCUCCAGAUAUUAAGCGCAUAAAAGAAGACAAUUCAUGCUGGGGAUUUUAGGAGGGCACCAAGGGAUGUGUCAUCAAAAGGACAAAGGAGGUUUCUUACCUUGUACCUGAGCUGUUGUUGGAGAGGAAGGUUUGGUUCUUUGUUCUGAAGCAGCAACAAGGAGGCACCCUGAGAAACUUCCAGCGUUGGGAGAUUCGGCUGACUCCAGCCCCAAGUGUGUUAGUUCUUGCGUAGGAGAGGGCACCUUCUCUUCACCAUCCCAAAAUGAGCCAGCCGUUUUUUCCUUCAUUCUGAAAAACAAAUACGGAGUUAGGUUUUUUCCUCAGUUUUACUGAUUUGCCAGCAUAGCUCUGUAGCAGCUUCUGCUUACUGACUUUAAAUUGUGAAAUAAACUGAGUUUCCCUUGUAGUAGUUUUUAUUAAAUUAUUCAGUACACAGUUGUCCAGUCCUCGAGACAAGCAAAACCAGGCACGUGCAUUUUAGCUAUUAUGAAAAUAAGAAUAGAAAAAAUUGUUUGAGGUCCUGUUGUCCAUGUGUGUGACCUGCAACAUCUUGCCCAGUUCAGUCUCAAAAGUUUCAGUGUGCCAAGAUGCUGUCUGUUAUAAAAGAUGAGGUAAAUGGCGGUUGCCACGUUGACUUGCUAAACCUCGUUCCAUGCUGUGACCUCCACAUUUGAAAAACAAUAGUUCAGUGACUGGUAGGGGACCACAGGUGGUGGCUGCGAUGGAUUGUCUUAAGCAUGAACCAUGAAAUACAGAAAUAGGUUAAGAUACUGUUUUCCUCCCCACCCGUCCUUUUCUAGAUGUAAAAGAGCUUCUUUGGAAAGACAGUUUGAGCCAUAAUCUUCAUGGCUGAACUAAUCUUUUUCACAAUUCAAAGUUCAUGUUUGUCAUUUCUGGUUUCAAACUGUUUUUCACUGCUACAUUUGUAUCUUAUUUUUCAUUUAAAAAAACCCCCAUGGUUCUUUUCUUUCCUUAUUAUCCUAUACAUUGCUUCCUUGGUAAUGUAAAUUCUCUGCUGAACACCUACACAGUGUGCCCCCUUGACCUGCUCUCUCUCCCUAAAAAGUUCUAUCUCCCGUUUGCACUCACAACAGAAUAUAUGCAGAGGUAGUAAUGAAUUGCUUAAGUUUCAUGCACCAUCAGCCUUAAGACCUUCAACCCACACACACACAUUCAUACACUUCAAGUGAAAGAGAGAUUUGGACGCUGCUAUCAACAUGUGGGGUCAAAAAUACCAUUAAAUAGGAAAGUUCUUUCAGCUGUGUUUAGGAAGAAACAAUAAUAAUGAAAAAUAUCAUUCUUGGCCAAGUCGCUUAUGGAAGAAGCAAAUUCCCCUAUGGCAUUAGUUGAAUAAAAUCCUGAGGAUGGGGUUGCAUUUGGCCCCAAAUUGUUCCUUCUAAUCAAAUCAGGUCGUUAUUGUUGUAUGUACCAAUGAGUGUUCAUUUGAUCCUCCUGUGUAAAAAUACAAAAACAUCCCUUAGUUUACAAAAUGAUUAAUUUGGGACUGAAGCUUCACAGCGAUGGGAUUAGUAUGUAGGACACCUCAAUCUUUUUCCUAGGUAAGAUGCAAAAAGGGAGGGUCAUUAUCGGUAACCCCAUAGAGAUAAUAGUGUCAGUCGAGGUUCUACACUUAAAAGGACUGAAAAUACCAGUGCUAGCAAGAAAACACAGUAGUUUCUUAAGUCUUUUCUUUUGCCUUCUUUUCAAAAGCUUUUAAAUGCAAAAAUUACUUUUCUUCAAAAAUAAAAGUAAUCAUCUGAAGAUCUAAUUUCCCAAUUGUUUCCUCUGCAUUUAUAUACUAUGUAGUGUUUAGGCAACACCUAUGUUAUAAGUUUAUUAAUAUUAUGUAAGUGUUGUUCUUGUAUUUAUGUAUAGUGUACGUAUUGUAAAUAUACUCAGAGCUUUUUUUCCUCUUACUGUAAAAUGGUGAUUUUUGCCCUAUGAUAAUGUAAAAGGAGUCCCCUAAUGAAAUUCUGUCAGAGGAUGAUUAUUCCAGUCUAUUCUCAAAGAUUUAAAUGAACAAGUGUUAUCGUUUUUAAUGGUGUCUCAGACAUAUUUUGUUGGUGCAUUGCUUUUCUGUAUUCAACUUUCCUAUGAAUUGAGCUGUGAAUUGAAAUAGAGUUUAAACCUUUAAAUGUAUGCAUUUGUAUAAUUAUCUGAAUGGAGGCAUGAAGGUUAAAUAAAGCAUUUUGUAUGGAACAAACCCCCUAAUUAUUACUGUGGAUGACUCAAACCUUCUGGAAUACCCAGUUAUUAACUGUUUUAAAUUAAACCUUUGUUAAAAAAUCUUUUCUAUAAACAUAUAGUGAUUUUUGUAAUGGAAUGUUUGCUUAAGAAAUGGAUUUUACUUGCUUUUCUGAUUUUUUUUUUAAAGCCAUCAUAUAGAGUAGACAUUCUUUCUCCUUUCACAGUGUUUGUGCAUCUGUGGCAAAGCUGGAACAAAUAAAACAGCCCUCAGCAGCAUAAAC